AAGUGAUAAAAUGAAAGACGAAACAGAAUCAAUAUUUCUUUAAGCGAUACAAAUCUACAACUGACUUUCAGUAAAUAUAGAAAUAGAGAGGAAAAAAAUAUUAAGUCCACCCACGCAUGGUGUAAUUCAAAUCGCAAAUAACAACUUAGCCGAUCAACAUGAACACUCUUCUAACUCAAGGAGCCGUGUUUUUCCAAGACUCAAAGAAUGCAGUUAUUUUUUCUUCGCUUAUCGUUUUUACUUUGGUUAUAGAAGAAGUUUUCGAGGCUGUUGUUUUCCGAUGUCCGUGCGAGAAUCACCUCGCCUAUGGUUUGCUUUUUCUACUCGGUCCGACCUUCGUUCUGUUAGUGGCGGGAAUUCUUCUCAACCCUAAUACAUGGUGGCUGUGUAAUGUCCGAAGGUUCAAACACCAACACGACGACGCUGAUCAGAAUUGUCCUUGCAAGAAAAGUAAACAGCGUUUCUGCCGAGUUCUAGUUUUGGUCAUCGAUAUAUUAUCCAAAGCGCUUAUUUCUCCGACUUUAUGGCUCAUCUUAUCCUUCCUACAGAAGACUUUCUUUAUUUGCGCAGUGUUUGGGCCUCGAAUAAAGACCCGAAAUCUUGAGGACACUGUUGUAAAUGUGACGGGUUGCGGGAAUUUUAAACCAAGAUCUUUAAACGAAGAGGCCGAGUUGAUGGCGAAGUCGCAGACUAUAGGUCUAGUACUUUCACUAAGUGCAACCUUUGUUACAUUGUGCGCCUUCAUUGGCAAGUGCUUUUUUUAUAGAUCAAAGAUAUCGCUUCCUAAUGAGAAGUUUUACAUGCGCGUUGAGGCCAUGGAGGCGGCGAAAGAGUUCAACAAGAGAGCCAAGCAGGAAGCCCAAAAACAGGGCAAAAAAGCAGUUGAGGAAGUAUUCCAGGAAAUGGAAAAUGACCAGAAUAAUUACUUAUUAUUGAUAUCCAAAGCAGCGCGGAAACUCGACAAAAAAUACUCGAAUUAUUAUAGUUCUCUGCAAAUUAAAAAAGAACCACGUCAUACUACCGAAGACCAAAACGAGAAUGUCAUACCCCGUGGUGUUCACUGCAGUUUUAAGGACGAUUAUUGCCGAAAUACCUUCUUCGUCGUUGACGGGAAAAUCAAUACAACAGGAAGGAAAGCCGAAAUACGAGCCACAAUCGAAUCCGGCGAUAAAGAAGCAAGAAGAACACACACACAGUCAGGUAUAGCGAGGGUUUGCUUGAGAAGGGCAAAAUCGUCUGUGAAAUGAAAACAUCUGUUUGAAGAAAAAUGAGGCGGAGAAUCAAGGAGGGAGAGAAACUAAAAUCCAAGGAUUACUAGCCAAUAAGCCUCUUUACCUUGGGUGUUAUGGUUUCUCAUUUCAGACCACGUGUCAUUACCUAGAGUAUCAUUUCUUUGUUUAACGGUUACGCAUGAGAAGUCACAUGAAUAUGGAUACAACUCAAACAAAGAAUCUUAUUCCCGAGAGAAUGACUCGUGGUCUGAAAUAGGGAAACAUUUCACCCAAAGUAAAAGAAUGAUACUCAAGGGAAUGACUCGUGGUCUGAAAUAGGGAAACAUUACACCCGAAGUAAAAAAUAAUACUCAAGGGAAUGACAUUACACUCAAGUAAGUGGUCUAUUAUGUAAAUAAGAUAUUUAUCAUACAAUCUUUUUCGCUUUAACCAUCUUUUUAAGUACAAGAUAUACAGUUAUACAUAUUACUAAAAGAUAAGAUUUGUUUUGAUUUAAUCAAAUGGGCGUGUUUUUUUUUUUUGUUGUUGUUGUUGUACUUAGGUCAAUAGUUAGUUUCAAGCCCAUAAUGCAUUUUGAUCGCAGUGGUAUUUCAUAAAGUCCCGCGUCUGACAACUAAUUAAGUGAAGUGCUGUAUAUUACAGCUUACGUGAAAUAAUAAUCUUUAAUGUGAUAAAAUUAAGAAAUUUAGCGUUCUAUAGAAACAA